GCGGCACCAUGACCUUCCUCUGGCUUCUCUCCUGCUGCGCCCUCCUGGGCACGGCCUUUGGCUGCGGGGUCCCUGCCAUCGACCCUGUGCUGAGCGGCCUGUCCAAGAUCGUCAAUGGGGAGGAUGCUGUCCCCGGCUCCUGGCCCUGGCAGGUGUCCCUGCAGGACAACACCGGCUUCCACUUCUGCGGGGGCUCCCUCAUCAGCGAGGACUGGGUGGCCACCGCCGCCCACUGCGGAGUCAGAACCUCCCACCUGGUCGUGGCCGGGGAGUUUGACCAGGGCUCAGACGCCGAGGACAUCCAGGUGUUGAAGAUUGCCAAGGUUUUCAAGAACCCCAGGUACAACAUGUUCAGCAACAACAACGACAUCACCCUGCUGAAGCUGGCCACGCCUGCGCGCUUCUCCAAGACCGUGUCCGCCGUGUGCCUGCCCAGAGCUAACGAUAACUUCCCCGCCGGGAUGCUGUGCGCCACGACCGGCUGGGGCCUGACCAAACACACCAAUGCCAACACCCCCGACAGGCUGCAGCAGGCGACCCUGCCCCUCCUGUCCAACACCAACUGCAAGAAAUACUGGGGCAGCAAGAUCACCAGCAGCAUGGUCUGCGCCGGCGCCAGCGGCGUCUCCUCCUGCAUGGGCGACUCUGGUGGCCCCCUGGUCUGCCGGAAGAAGGGAGCCUGGACCCUGGUGGGCAUUGUGUCCUGGGGCAGCAGCACCUGCUCCACCUCCAGCCCCGGCGUGUAUGCCCGCGUCACUGCACUCAUCCCCUGGGUGCAGCAGAUCCUGGCAGCCAACUGACGACCAGGCUUCACCCUGGCCUCCCUGCUGA